AUGGCAGAGGAUAGCACGUGCGCCAUGCGUUUCGCCCAGCAUUUCCUGUGCCCUUGCGCGGCGCUCCCACGCGGGCAUACUCUCCGCGCGGACUGCAUCGAGCGGCACAUGGCCGCGCUCGCCGAAAACCGCUUGCCGGCGCGCCUUUCCCCCGAGGAGAAGCGGGUGAAGGUCGCCUCGCGGCUGUGCGUUUGGGGCGGGGAACUGAAGGCGCUGCCCCCGGCCCGCCUGCUGCGCCCGCGCGGCGAGAAGGAGGGCACCGCCGUCGCGUCGGACUCGUCGGCGCCGCUUGCAUCCGGCGCCGCGGCGCUCGGGCACGGGCAGGACAGCGGCGGGGAGGGCGGCGACGUCGGCGGCCGCCGCAGACGCCGCGACAAGCCAUCCCGCGCCGAGGCGGCGCCGGCGCAGCUGGCUGGGAAGGACUCGGCGACCCGCGCGCGCGGGAAGCCGGGCGAGGCGGGGGCGACGGAGAACGGCGCGAAGGCGACGGCAUCUCAUUGCUGCCAGCGGAUGCGCGACCAAAACAUCGCCCUCAAGGCGGAGUCGCAGGCCGAGGCGGCGAAGGACCUGCGGGCCGCGGCGUCGCUGCGAGCGGAGCAGGCAGAGCGUUUGCUGGCCUUCAUGCGGCGCCCCGAGACCGACGGGGCCCUGAGGCCGCACUACGACAGGGUGCGGGAGGAGCUCGUGGCGGAGUGGCGGGGGCUGUUGGCGGAGUUGCACGGAGAAGCGGGCGUUGAUGAAAGCUGUGCUGCUGGGAGAUCAACGGCAAGGGCAACCAGUAAUGUCUUCUUUUCGACAGGGAAAUUGGAGACGACCGCCUUUUAG